GUUCGACGAAAUUUACCGUCACGCAUGUGCCUUGAGAAUAGCGGAACCACGUGAUCGUCGGAUACUGGAUGACAUGGCCGCGCUCAUAGGAAUGCCAAUGCCAGCCAGCCAACUAGCGCCAGUCGGCGGCUCGGGGCACCCGGGGUGUGGGUAUCGCGAUCGCGAUUAAAUACAUGCUGUUGAUACACGUUACGCGCGUAGUCGAUUUACGAUUAGUUGAAACAUCCCUGGAAUCUCCUCUGUCAGCUUUGAUUGGAUCCUCGUCAUAAAACGAGAUGACUCGAAGGUUCGACGAUAACUACCAUUUUUUUCGGUCGGUCCGAGUUUUAUCGUCUCGCGGUAUGCGUACGCGUACGUUCGUAGAUAGGAAAGUGUGCAUGUGCACAGGAAUGGGUCAUGGGUUGCACGGUUACACGAAUUUCGUAAACGAACAUUAUCAUUGAAUCAUUCCUUAAGAUGUGUCACUUCGCUAGUAUGGUCAUUGAGAGAUCGUAGGAGGCGAAUGUUGAUCGGAAAUUCCGGCACCACUUGAUGACCGACGAAACAGAAAAUAGAAGGACACUAAAGCCGUGUUCGUGACAAAACUGCAGAAAGAAAAUUUGUCGAAUGAAUUCCACCAAGAGUAUGAGAUUGGAAGAGAUGCCACUGCGUUUAAGCUCGGAAGAGCGGGAUUUUGAAAUGGACGAGGAGACCGACUAUCUUCUGCAACCUUCCGAAGAUAGUAUACGACUGUUAACGUUGCGAAGGCGACGAAUAAACGACUGCUCCAUGUUCCUUAGGAAUUGUUUUUGUGGAUGUUGUACGUGGAUGUGGAGGAGGUGCUGCAGACAACGCGAAUUAAGAGCGAGGGUCAUUCACAUCGGUCAACCGAUGCACGAAAAAUUUCCAACCAAUGUCAUUAGAAAUCAAAAGUACAACGUCGUCACGUUUUUACCUUUGGUUCUCUUUCAACAAUUUAAGUUCUUCUUAAAUCUGUACUUCUUGCUCAUGGCGAUAUCCCAAUUUAUACCAGACAUACGAAUAGGAUAUUUGUACACGUACUGGGGGCCGUUGUGCUUCGUGUUAACCGUUACGAUUUGCCGGGAAGCUAUAGAUGAUUUUAGAAGAUACAAAAGAGACAAGGAAGUGAACGCACAAAAGUACUGUAGAUUGGUAAAGGGACUGGACACUCCGGAGAUGGUGUCGAGUUCCAAGUUGCGCGUGGGCGACCUGGUGAUCGUGGAAAAAGGUCAGAGGGUGCCGGCAGAUUUGGUCCUUUUGAGAACCACGGAGAAGACCGGUGCUUGCUUCGUGAGGACCGACCAAUUGGACGGAGAAACGGAUUGGAAAUUGAGACUGGCCGUACCAGCUACUCAGAAGUUGGAGACUAACGCUCAACUUUUCGAUAUAAAAGCGAGCUUGUACGUGGAGAAACCGCAAAAAGAUAUUCACAGCUUCAUCGGAACGUUUACGAGGUACGACGGAUACAGCAGCGAGGAGAGCUUGGGAGUGGACAAUACUCUAUGGGCAAACACGGCUAUCGCAUCCGGCUCGGCACUCGGUGUCGUGGUAUACACCGGCCAGGAAACCAGAUCACUGAUGAAUCAUUCGGCGCCGAGGUCGAAAGUCGGCCUUUUGGAUCAAGAGAUAAAUCAGUUGACGAAGGUGUUGUUCUGCGCCGUGAUCGGAUUAGCGUUGGUGAUGAUGUCUUUGAAAGGGUUCAACGGGCCUUGGUACCGUUACAUGUUUCGCUUCGUCUUGCUGUUCUCCUACAUAAUACCGAUCAGUCUGCGGGUAAAUUUGGACAUGGGUAAAGCUUUUUACGCAUGGUGCAUACAAAGGGAUAAAGAAAUAGCUGGGACCGUUGUGAGAACUACAACGAUACCUGAGGAACUCGGUCGUAUUUCAUAUUUGUUGAGCGACAAGACCGGGACUUUGACGCAGAAUAAAAUGGUCUUCAAGAAAUUGCAUCUGGGUAUGAUCUCUUACGGUCAGGAAACAUUCGACGAAGUCAUGGCCGUAUUGAAAACCUGUUACUCGACGAAUACCGAGGGCUCGCCGAUGAGACCGUCGGCAUCGGCGCACAGUGGUAAAGUAAGAAGGUCCGAGAGCACGAGGAUAUACGACGCUGUACAUGCGUUGGCGUUGUGUCACAACGUGACGCCGGUUUACGACGAGGUGUCUAAGUCGACGAAUCUCGACACGAUGAGCGUGCAAACUGGAGAGACGGGAGAUUCGGGUUCUAUUCAGAGUCAAACGGAAGCGGAUCAGCAUUACUACCUGCCGGAUCAAAAGCGUAAUUACCAAGCGUCCAGUCCGGAUGAAGUGGCACUGGUCAAGUGGACAGAGGAAAUGGGGCUGGCGUUGGUAAAGCGCGAUCUGAAUUUCAUGCAGCUGAAAGCUCCCAAUGGGAAGAUCUUGAACUACACGAUAUUGCAAAUAUUUCCCUUCAAGUCCGAGACCAAGCGUAUGGGAAUAAUAGUAAAAGAGGAAUCGAGUUCCGAGAUAGUGUUCUAUUUGAAAGGCGCCGACUUAGUGAUGUCCGGGAUAGUACAGUACAACGACUGGCUGGAGGAGGAAUGCGGUAACAUGGCUCGGGAAGGUCUGAGGACUUUGGUGAUGGCGAAGAAGAACUUGACGGAGGAGCAGUAUCUCGAUUUCGAAGCUAGAUACAAUGCGGCGCGGAUGAGCGUGAGCGAUCGCGCGUCGAGAGUCACCGCUGUUCUCGAGAGUUUAGAAAGGGAAAUGGAAUUAUUGUGCGUGACCGGAGUCGAGGACAGGCUGCAAGACAGGGUGAGACACACGUUGGAACUGCUGAGGAACGCCGGUAUCAAGAUCUGGAUGCUGACCGGUGACAAAUUGGAAACGGCAACGUGUAUAGCGAAAUCCUCGUGUCUAGUUUCCCGAGCGCAAGGCCUUCACGUUUUCAAGUCGGUGGUAACGCGCACGGACGCGCACUUGGAAUUAAACACGUUUCGUAAGAAGCAAGACUGUGCCUUAGUCAUCAGCGGUGAUUCCUUGGAAGUGUGUCUACAAUACUACGAACAGGAGUUCUUGGAACUGGCCUGCGGUUCGCCGGCCGUAGUCUGUUGCCGAUGCUCGCCCACCCAAAAGGCCGAAGUCGUCAGUCUCAUUCAAAGACACACCGGCAAAAGAACCGCAGCUGUCGGCGAUGGUGGCAACGACGUAUCGAUGAUACAAGCAGCGGACGCUGGCAUAGGCCUCGAGGGUCUGGAGGGACGACAAGCAUCGUUGGCCGCGGACUUCUCCAUUUCUCAAUUCAGUCACUUGACCAACUUGUUGCUGGUUCACGGCCGUCGAAGUUACAAGAGAUCCGCCGCCUUGAGUCAGUUCGUCAUUCAUCGAGGUUUGAUCAUUUCUACCAUGCAAGCUGUCUUCUCCGCUGUCUUCUAUUUAUCCUCUGUGUCCUUGUAUCAGGGAUUUUUAAUGGUCGGUUACGGCACGAUAUAUACCAUGUUUCCCGUGUUCUCCUUGGUAUUGGACAAGGACGUGUCAGGGAAGAUCGCGCUUACUUAUCCAGAACUUUAUAAAGAACUCAGUAAAGGACGGUCGUUGUCCUAUAAAACGUUCUUCAUGUGGAUCUUAAUAAGCAUAUAUCAAGGCGGAGUUAUAAUGUACGGCGCUCUUAUAAUGUUCGAGGACGAGUUCAUUCACAUAGUGGCCAUUAGUUUCACGGCACUCGUAUUAACGGAAUUAAUAAUGGUGGCUCUGACGAUUAGAACGUGGCAUCACAUCAUGAUACUCGCGGAAAUAUUUUCGUUGGCGCUCUACUUAUUAUCCUUGGUCGUUCUCAAAGACUACUUCGACGCCGAGUUCAUCAAGACCACCGACUUUUUAUGGAAAGUACUGCUGAUAACUUUGAUUUCUUGCAUGCCGUUGUACAUCUUGAAAUUCUUACGGAAAAAGUUUUCUCCUCCUAGUUACACGAAAUUAUCUUAAACCUUCCGUUUCUUAUACAUCGAUCACGGUACGUAAAACUAAUUUUGUGAUAUACAAAACUCGAAAAAACUCUGAACGGUGAAAUAUUAAUGAAGAGAUCCGCAAUUUUUUAUUCGGAUCUCGUCUGUAAUAAAUGGUCUCCCCGAUGUUUCACCGACUACAUCGAUAACAAAAAACAAAACUACAAACUACUAAUUUUCUUUCUCCAUACCGGCGUACCAUACUAAACAUUUCUGAUUUACCAUUAAGAACGAACGAAAGAACUGGAUCUAAUCUCACGAACGUUCCGUACGACGUUCCAAUUGACUUCGUGCAGUUUUUUCGCGUUUACUGUUAUCGUUGUUUUCAUAUACAUCGUUUUAAGCAAGCUUGCUUCUGAUCGCUUAAACCGACAGGGUGACACGAAAUUCCUACGAUCAAACGGAAAUCGGUCGAGAUAGGCGUUUUUAUUUAUUUAAGAAGCGAGACAUCGUUAUGGUAUCGUCCAUAAAAUAUGUUCGCGUGAUUUAUUGCAUUUUAUUCGCCUCGUUCGUAUUAAACUAUAUUAUUAUAUAUAUUAUCCGAACGUGCCCAGCAGUAUUUUCAUAUUUAUCACGUGCGUAAGGCGAGUGAAUCAUCGACGAAUCACGAGUAUGAUACGUUGCUUGGCAGUUUUUCAACAAACUUGUCUAAUAAAUCAUUUUUAUAAAUCGAAUGCUGACAUUUUUCUCUUCGCUGCGCUAAUUUACUUCGAUAGAUUCUCUUUUAUACUUCGAACAGAAUUUUGUUAUUCCGAAUAAUCGUGAUAUAGUUUAAUCAUUACGCGGACACAAGAUGUUAUAAAAUCCAUUUUUACAGAAUACAUCGUGUGCGUAUUUGAAAAAUUAUCGAAGAAAAAGAAUGAUCGUAGACGUAGACGUAACUGUUAAAUUAUGUACAUGUGUUAGUCACGUAUUAUAGACUGUUGAUAAGAUGUAUCAUAUUAUAGAGCGUACAGUUAUUUUUAAUUAAAUAUUAUUUCGAUCGA